GCGCCCCGGAGACGCGCGGGUCGCGGUUGGCGGGCGCCUGCACGUUGGCGCCUCCCCCGGGAGGGUCUCGUCCCGCCCGCGGGUUGCUUGGGGCCCCUGGGCGCGGGUUGGAGCCUGCAGCCGCGUGAAGAUGGAGAAGGGAGCGGACGAGCAGCGGGGCGUGCGGUCGGGCCGUGCCGAGACCACCGGGGUGCGCGGUUACCGUGCGUCCCCGCGUCCGCGUCGUGUCGCUUCCCAGCCUAGACUUCGGCGGAGGAUGGAGACGGCCCAGUGGGUCCAGGCCCCUGGCUUUGGAAGGCUGGGCGUCGUGGCCUGGACCUCACUUCAGAGCAGCCCAAGGUCUUGGGGCAGAGACGAGGUGCCGCGGGGCUGCAGCCCCGCUAGCCCCCAGGCCUGAGAGGGCAGCUAGGGGUUUGCCUGCAGGACCUGUGAGGUCAGGGCGCAGCCCCCGUCUUACAGGACUCGGCCAUGUCGGGGAUCGCCCUGAGCAGACUUGCCCAGGAGAGGAAAGCCUGGAGGAAGGACCACCCGUUUGGUUUUGUGGCCGUCCCAACAAAAAACCCCGACGGCACGAUGAACCUCAUGAACUGGGAGUGCGCCAUCCCUGGGAAGAAAGGGACUCCCUGGGAAGGCGGCUUGUUCAAACUGCGGAUGCUUUUCAAAGAUGACUACCCAUCCUCUCCGCCCAAGUGCAAGUUCGAGCCGCCAUUGUUCCACCCGAACGUGUACCCUUCCGGCACAGUGUGCCUGUCCAUCCUGGAGGAGGACAAGGACUGGAGGCCGGCCAUCACAAUCAAACAGAUCUUACUAGGAAUACAGGAACUUCUAAACGAACCAAAUAUCCAAGACCCCGCUCAAGCAGAGGCCUACACGAUUUACUGCCAGAACAGAGUGGAGUACGAGAAGCGGGUCCGAGCACAAGCCAAGAAGUUCGCGCCCUCGUAAGCAGGACGUCGUGGCAGCGGAAAGGAAGGGGUUGGUUUGGCAGGAACUCGUUUACAGCCUUUGCAGAUCGAGUCGCCGUGCAGUUGCUAGGCCCCGGGGGCGGGCGGGCGCCACCUCCGCUCCGCCGCUGGUGUACAGUUCUCGGCUCGCUGAGUUGCCCCGUUUUUCAUACAGGGUCUCUUCCUUCGGUCUUUUGUAUUUUGAUGGUUAUGUAAAACUUGCUUUUAUUUUAAUAUUGAUGUCAGUAUUUCAACUGCUGUAAAACGGUAAACUUUUAUACUCGGAUACGCCCCAGGAGCUUGCUUCCUCGUGCUCGGGGCAGGCUUCACGGUAGCGCUGUCCUCGGCCUCCUGCUGGCUGAGGCGACAGGCCUGGCUCCGUCUGGGCUGUGUCGUGCCUGAGCCUGAGCCCUAGAGCGCCGGCUUCUCGACUCUGCUCACUUCCUCUGUCCUAUGGGUUCUGUCUGUGUUGCUGUUUAGAGUAAAUAAACUGUUUAUAUAAAGGUUCUGUUGCAUUAUCAUCAUUAAACAGUGUGAGGAGGCCCCACCCAGGGCCCGGGCUGGCUGCAGGCGUUCAGUGGCCACCUCCAGGCCCUGUGUGGCUCCUUCCCGUCCCUGUUCUUUGUAAAUAGGAUGUGACAAGCGUGUGUGUCCGAGGUUCCCGUGUCCCCACCCCCCCAGAUCAGCUGCGGAGUGCAAGGCGGCGUUCAGGUCUGGUGAAGGUGGAAUCGGCGUCGAGACUUCAUACAGCCUGCUGGUCAGAAGUGGGCAUGUGUGGCCCCUCAGGUCUCCAGGGACGACGCGGUGGCCAGGUCCAGACAGCAGAGCCCAGGAGGCCCGUGGCUUGCUAGCUGGGUUGUGCCCUCGUCAAUGGCCUCUGACGGCCAGGCCAGGCCACAGCAGCAGCCCUCCCCUAUCCACGCGCUGCGGACCCGCUGAGGACAACACUGCAUGCUGCCUGGGCCUGUGGCUGUGCUCAGGCCUCUGCACGCCCGUCCCUGCGCUCUGGAGGAGGCAGCCUUGCCGCCACCCCUGGAGAACGGUCAGCGCUUCCUAUAGCUGCCCUUAAGCACCCAGAGCCUGCGGCCCCUGCCCUGAGUGGCCUGAAGUGCUGUUGGCCUGGGUGUCACCUUAGCACCGAUUCCCCGGUGCCCCUGUCUGCACACGCUCUGUCCCUGUCUGAGCACGGUCUGUGGAGGCUGCACUUCUGAAGUGGCCUUGAACCUGCACAUGGCUGUGGUGGCCAGCGAGUCCUCUCAGCUCCCCAGAGCUGGCUGAGCUGCUCUGUCGCGAAGCAGGUGUAGUCUCAGCCCAAGAGGAAGACUCUGGACAGGGCUCAGGGUGCCCGUGCUUGGACAUUGGCUGGGUGCACCUGGCCUCCGGGUCCCGGGCACACAGUAUGGGCAAGGCGUGGUCUUGAGGCCGGAGGCCUGGAGCCAGCCCUGUCACCCAGAGGACCUCACCGUUGGAACUGGUCUGCGGGUCAAGUGCACAGACUGAAGGCCGGCUUGGUGCUUGGUCAGGAUGUCCAGAGGACUGAGAUGGGCCCCAGGAGGAAGGCGUCCAGCACCCCCCAAGUCGGCUUGGCUUCCAGCACCGCGAGCCAGGAAUCCACGGGCCGAGCGACGUGCACCGCCCCAGGGCUGGCGUUGAGUGCCUUGGUCGCCUGUUAGCUGCGUGUCCUGCGGGGCCACACCUGGAGCCCACGGGCACUUCUGCAGCCCACUCCUACACGUCCUGUUCUGUACAGACCGAGCUGCACUGGGCGCUGGGCAGUGUGCGCAUUGCUGCGUAGGGAGACGGUGUACUUUCUAGGUAGAGCGCUCUGCAGCAGUCGUUUCUAGCAGACGGCAGUGACCUGAACUAAACAGCUGUCUUUGUACCGCAGUCUGGGCCUGACGGGUGUGACUUGUAACCUAAACUGACACGUGAUCGCCCUGUCUGACACAGGCACCUCGGCUGGGGGUGUGGGCUGUGGGGUAACCACUGUAUCUAAGAACCCUCGAAUUAAAGCAUUUCCACAGA